UUGUUUAGUGUUCUUAGUAUAAUCACUAACAUCAUAUCGUCCGAAGACCUCUUGUCGGGGUGACAAGAGGCGAUGGAGUACGGUGCAGGAGGAGAAGGAGAUGGCUCCGCCAGUGGUAGUCACCAUGAUUCCUCUGAUAAGAAGAAACGUUACCACCGUCAUACUGCUCUUCAGAUUCAGAUUCUUGAAUCAACUUUUAAAGAUUGCCCACACCCAGAUGAGAAAACAAGAAUGCAGUUAAGCAGAGAGUUGGGUCUGGCACCUCGACAGAUUAAGUUUUGGUUUCAAAAUAGAAGAACCCAGAUGAAGGCGCAACAUGAACGGGCAGACAACUGUGCAUUGAGGGCUGAGAACGACAAGAUACGAUGCGAAAACAUUGUGAUACGAGAGGCCUUGAAGAAUUUGGUGUGCCCAACAUGCGGUGGUCCUCCGAUUGGGGAAGAUUGUUAUUUUGAUGAACAAAAACUUCGUUUCGAAAAUGCUCAGUUGAAAGAAGAGCUGGAUAGAGUGUCGAGCAUUGCGGCCAAGUACAUAGGUAGACCAAUGUUGCAACUCCCACCGGUGCAGCCCAAUCACAUGUCUUCACUGGACUUAUCCAUGGCCAGUAGUUACGGUGGUGGUCCAGUGAAUAGGAUGGUGAUGAUGAACAGUGGUCCUUCUUUAGACCUUGAUCUUCUCACCGGCUCCGCCAUUGGUGCAUCAUCUAGCAACAUCGUCAAUCCUGACCCUCCGUUUCACAACAUCGUGCACCUUUCCGACAUGGACAAGUCUCUGAUGGCUGAUAUUGCUAGUAAUGCGAUUGAUGAACUGAUGAAGCUUGUACAGACCAACGAGCCAUUGUGGACAAAAUGUCAAAAGGACGGGAUGCAAACAGAAGUUCUUAAUCUUGAUAACUACAAGAGGGUUUUCCCACGGUCUAAUGAUCAUAACUUGAAGAGGCCUAAUGUAAGAAUUGAAGCAUCCAAGGCUUCUGGUGUUGUGAUGAUGAACAGUUUGCAAUUGGUGGACAUGUUUGUGGAUUCGAAUAAAUGGAUGGAACUGUUUCCUACCAUCGUGUCAAGAGCAAGAACAAUUGAAGCACUUGAAGCUAGAUUAUUGGGUUCUCUAAGUGGCUCCCUACAAUUGAUGUAUGAAGAAUUACAGGUGCUUUCCCCGCUGGUUUCCACCAGGCAGUUUUAUGUUCUUCGGUUUGUUCAGCAAAUUGAGCAAGGGUCAUGGGCGGUGGUCAAUGUUUCGUACGAUCUUCCUCAGCAUAAUGCAUACCCCCACUCCCGAUGUAAAGCACACCGCCUUCCUUCUGGGUGUUUGAUCCAAGAUAUUCCUAAUGGUUAUUCAAAGGUUACAUGGGUGGAACAUAUGGAAGUAGAAGAAAUAAGCCCGAUUGAUAGGCUUUAUCGAGAUUUGGUCCACAGUGGUUUGGCCUUUGGAGCCAGAAGAUGGCUAGCUUGUCUUCAACGGGCAUGCGAAAGAAGCGCUUCUUUGAUGAUGGCUAGCACUUCGUCUCAUGAUAUUGGAGGAGUAAUCCCAUCGGCAGCUGGGAAGAGAAGCAUGAUGAAGUUGUCACAAAGAAUGGUGAAGAACUUGUGUUCCGGCAUGAAUCCUAGUAAUGGUCAUCAAUGGACAUCGGUUUCAGGUAUGAAUGAUCAGUUUGAGGUCCGGGCGACGCUAUACAAAACCACCGAUCCUGCAGGUCAGCCAAACGGGAUGGUACUUAGCGCAUCCACCACCAUUUGGCUUCCGGUUCCUCCACAGAAUGUCUUUGAUUUCUUUCGAGAUGGAAGGACUAGACCUCAGUGGGAUGUUUUGUCGAACCAGAAUCCAGUACAAGAAGUAGCACAUAUCGCCAACGGGACUCACCCAGGGAACUGUAUAUCGGUCCUCAGGGCUUACACUCCAAGCCAGAACAACAUGUUAAUACUACAAGAAAGCUGUACAGACGCAUCGGGGUCACUAGUGGUAUACUGUCCAGUUGACUUGCCGGCAAUCAACAUAGCCAUGAACGGUGAAGAUCCCUCCUAUAUUCCAUUACUCCCAUCCGGUUUCAUCAUCACAACCGACGGCCGGCAUGAAUUUACAUCACAGGGUCAGGGUGGUGCUUCCACCAGCAGUAAUAUUACAGAUCUCGUAGCUGCUGAUCAUUGUGUUGGUGGGACAUCAACAGGCUCACUGGUUACUGUAGUGUUUCAGAUACAAGUUAGCAGUUUGCCGUCGGCUAAAAUGAGCCCAGAGUCAUUAACCACCGUUAAUAACCUGAUCACAAAUACAGUCCACCAAAUUAAAGCCUCCUUCAAUUAUGCUUCUACCACCACCUGAUCAACAAUCUCUCUCUCUUUCUUAAUUAAAUGUGCGUAGAGAUCGAUGAGAAGAAGGGAAGUUUUGGGGGUUAGUUGGGGAUGCUCUUAAUGCAAGUUUCAUCAUCAAUAGCAGAAGCCGAGUUAAUAUUAUUGCUGCAUCAUCCUGCUACUGUGCUAGUUGUUCGCUGUCAUAGUUCAUUUACCAUCUUCAACUACUACAUUCAUUUACCCUUCUUG